CCACCAUCCCACCUCUGGGCGCUCGUUGCCCGUCGUUCACGAUGUACCUUCCCGCAGAGCUACAUGCGCUAGCUACAUAGGCCUCUCGCCGUGUGGGUGAUCAGGCGGUCAGCCUCAGCCUCGACGCUUUUUGGGCAGCACCUGCGUCGUAUCAACUCUUCAAGAUGAAGCUUCAGUACUGGGCCCUCGCUCUGCAGGCGUUCUUCGCACUACCGGCGCUUGCCACGCCUAACCCUCUGUCUGGCAGCUCGGAUGUUGUCGUUCGUGACCCAGCUAUCUGGUACAAUUCCAACAACAAGAAAUACUAUGUUUUCGCGACCGACGAAAAGAUCAAGAUCUACACUUCCAGCUCACUCACUGGUCCGUGGACGCGUCAGGGCUCUGUCCUCCCUAAUUGCUCCAGCAUCCAACUCGAUGGCAGAUGCGCGCUCUGGGCCCCUGAUGUCAACUACGUUGAUGGCCAAUACGUGCUAUACUACUCCGUAUCCAGCGUUGGCAGCCAGAACUCUGCCAUCGGUGUUGCGACUUCCCCGUCUAUGGACGCGGGAACCUGGACAGAUCUGGGUGAAGUCAUUCGGUCGAACCCUGGUGACGCCUUCAACGCCAUCGACCCGAACCUCAUCGAUUCCAAUGAUGGCGAUGGUUUGAACGGAUUGAAGCUUGCCUUCGGCUCUUACUGGAACGGCAUCUACCAGGUUGGCCUUUGGCCGGACGUCAAGACCCGAGCAUCUGCCCUCCCGGGAACCCAUUUGGCUGGUGCCAACGGUCGUCCGGCAGAGGGCGGCUUCGUCUACAAGCCGCCUUCGUCGCAGUACUACUUCAUGUUCUUCUCCGACGGUAUCACGCCGUUCGACGGGGCUACCUCCAAGCCCGCCGCUGGCAAGGAGUACAAGGUUCUCGUUGGCCGUGGCGCGCGCGGCCUUGGCCCCUUCUAUGGCCAGCUCGGCAACGACCUGACGCAGGACCUCAAUCCACCCACGGGAACGCUCGUGCUCGGCUCUCACGACAAUGUGUACGCACCGGGUGGCCAGAGCAUCUUCCAUGACCCUGUCUCCAACCGCGAUGUUAUGGUGUACCAUUACAUCCCCAACGACAAGUUCGGCGGCCCGUCUUACCUCGGUAUCAACUACCUCGACUUCUCUAGUGGGUGGCCGGUCGUUGUUGCAUAGACGACGACGAGGCAGCACGCUUCGAUUGCGGUCAUGGAUGGCUGGACUGUACAAGAGACUUGGGUUAUUUAUAUGGAUACGGGAAUGGCGUAGUACUUAUAUGUCCAGGCGUGAAUAAUGGGAAUUAAAGGCAAAGAGAAUCGUCGAGUGUGCCUCAGAAGGAGCCGUCAUCCAGUACAACGAACAGAUGGUUGCGAAUAUAGUUUCAGGUUUAUACCGGACAGCCUCGAAGGAGCAACAUAAUUACUUGAUCUAGGGGCAGAUGGCGAUCACCCAUGUUUAUGACUUCCAAAUGACUCGAGAUGAGUUC